UAUUGAGUUACGUUUGUGUUUGUAAUCUGAAUUUGUAUAAAAAUGUAUUUAACGUGCUUUUUCUUGAAAAGAACUGUAUUUCUUUUAAAAUUUACUUAAAAUUAUGGUUUCAUUAGAAUGUGUGUGAAAGUGUAUUAUAUCUUUAAAUUUCAUUUAUGUUUCUGAGUGUAAUAACGUACUGUACUACGCAAGAUGGACGAAGUGUCUAGGGGUAUGUCACAAACAGGAAGCACCGCUGUAUCUGACAAAACUGAUGAAAAUAAUGAUUCGUCGCCGGCGGUGGUGUACGUGAGUGAGGUUUGUCUCGAGUGCGAGCGAGUGCGUGCGGCGUGUGAGCGGCUCGGCAGCGUGCUCACUGUGGCCGAACCCGAGGCGCUGUCGGCGCCGCAGCUGACCCCGGCUUACCUCGUUACCUCGCCCUUCGAAGGAGACCUCUUCGAUGCGGCCCAUAAAGCAAAGUAUAGGGUGCUCGGCCCGACGGCGGUGCUGCAGUUGGCUGAACGAGAUGAACCUCCGCCGGCCAACACGCGACCGCUCUACACGCUGGCGAUGCGGGGGGCGGUCAUAUGCUUCUCGGGCUUCCGGAAGAAAGAUGAACUUACGUACCUGAUAACCCUGAUCCACUAUAUGGGCGGGUCGAUCCGCAAGGACAUGUCGAGCAAGGUGACGCACCUGAUAGCGGCCGCGGCCACCGGCGACAAGUACCGAUAUGCGUCGGGCUUCGGCCUGCCCGUGCUGUCGCGCUCCUGGGUCGACGCCUGCUGGGACCGUCGCGACGACCCACACUGUAUGGCCACCGACGAUGACAUUAUUAAGGAGCACAAAUUGAAAGUGUUUGCGGGGGCGCGGGUUUGUUUCGUGGGUUUCCCUGAAGAUGAGACCCAACACAUGGCCGAGGUGCUCGCGAGCAACGGUGGCUCUUCGUGCCCAUUGGACGACCCUGAUUGUACCCAUGUCGUUAUGGCCAAUGGGGAGACUUUCGGUCGUUCGCUUAUCCUAUCACCCUAUACCAACACCCCAAAUAGCUCAACAAAACAGCUCCGUUCUACUCCAACCAGAUCCCAAACCACUCCAAAGAGCUCAUUAUACCGCAGACUGUCAGCCCGCUUGUCUGGUCGACGCUCUAGUCCUACUAAGAAUGCGAAUGAAGAUACAGAUAAUAUUGAAAAUGAAAGAGAGAGGCGUUUGCAGAAUGCAAGAGAUUGUUUUAGAAAUAAUAAAAGUAUUAAUGUCGAUGCUAAGCAUGAAGAUAAAACCAGUAUUAAUAAUGUAGUGAAAUUAGAAGAUUUAAGUUUAUUUAAUCAAAAUAAUUCUAGUGAACAAAUCGAGAUGCGUAAUUAUAAAUGUAGAAAUAAAGAAAACGAUUAUAGUUUAUAUAUACACGGAACCGGGAGAGAUCGCAGAACGAAGGAGAAAAGAGAAGUUUUUAAAAACAAAUCUAUGAACAUAUUUAAUAUUGUAGAUUGUCUAACUGAGGCAGGUUCUCUGAAUUCUUCUCUUACUAAGAGCUUAUGCGAUUUAGAUUUCAAAGACGAGACGGGUUUUUUGUUACCAGCGACAACAGAAUGCAAGGAGUUGCAACAGUCAAAUACUACAAUAUCCUCUGGAAAGAAACGAAGCCGGAACUCUACAGAUUCCACCUUUCAAAUGAGUCCAGUAGAUGCAACAAAUUUAUCGCCGGACAAAGCGGAAGAUUCUACUUGGAAGUCUAUAAAAAGAUUAAAAAUAAAAGAUUCAUUUAAAUUCAAAAAUCGUCCAACAAUAUUCAAACGCACGAAAAAGGAUUCCGUUACUAAAGUUCCUGGUGAAAUAACGGUGGAACCAGUUAGUCCUGAGACCGUAAAACCGACGGAUCCCGCGGGGGAGUUCAUCGCAUCGACAUCCUCCCCUAUAAGAGAAGAUGACAACACUUCUAUAUGCUCAAUGAAUCUCAGCAAACAAUCAGGUUUCUUUGACAUGUCCUUUGCAUCGAUACGAAGUUCAAAGACAGUUAAAUCAAAGUUGCGGAGGAGCGUAAAGUCAUUCACUGCCUCGUUUCGCAGCGAAAGGAAAAAGAAAUACGAGAAACGCGAAAGAAACACCGUCGAAGUGGACGCGUCGCAUUUACCAUCGGACAUAAAACACGUUUCUACACCAAAGAGAGAAAUAGACGACAUGCAUCUCGAUAUAUCACCGGUACAAGUUGAUACUGUCGAUAGUACAGAUAUGAGAACACCAACUAUCAAUCAUGAUGUCGACGAGUUGGAUGAGUCUGCUAUAUUUAAAACGCCUCAUAGGGUUUGGUUAAGAAAUCAGCGGCACUCUAUAUGCGUUGGUUCCGAUAUAAGAGCGAAGAGUGCUGGUCAUAUCGCGUCGUCCACAGACAGUCCCGCCCCGCUCCCCUUCUUGUGUCCUUCCCCGCGCUCGUCCGGCCCUGAAGCGCUGCGGAAGGCGCCCGCUACGACGCCUCCCAUCCGUGACGUCCGCGCCAUAUCACAAUGCCAUGGACUAUCGCUGCCGGUGGUCGACGAACACAAUACGGUCGUUGUACCCGAUUGUUCGCAACGUGUGCACGUUGUCAAGGCUGAAUGGUUUUGGGCGUCCGUACAAAAUGAGGAAGCGCAAGACGAAAGGGAUUUCCUGUUUAAAGAUUACCUGGACGAAGUAUCACGGCGGUCGUCGGUGGGCACGGUGGGUGCGGCGCCCCCCGUCGACGAGUGCGGGGCGGGCGCGGGGGGCAGCAGCACGCCCGCCCACCUGCAGCGGAUACGGAAGCGGAAAUUGCGUGGCGGAGAUGCGGCGCUGCACAAGCGACGCUCGUCCGUCGGGGACGCCGUGCUGCUCAGCCUGUCUGGCAACCUGCUGGACUGUACGCCCUCGCCCGACGGCAAACAAUUGUUAGAAGAAUCUGAAGUACCUGAUAAUGUGGUGAGGAAACUGAUGUCCCCGAGACAACAAGUCUUCAUGGAGUUGCUACAAACUGAAUCGAACUAUGUGGGAAUAUUGCAGACUAUUGUAGCAAUGUUCAAACAACCUUUGGAAGAGAUGGCAGAGGAAGACAGCAAUAACGGCAAGAAUCAAGCGUUGCUCAAUAACACAGAACUGAAAAUUAUAUUUGGAAACCUUCCGCCUAUUUAUGAAUUACACCAACGCAUGUUGGAGGAGCUGCGGUGGACGCAGGCGCACUGGAGCGAGGAGGUGAGCAUCGGCAGACUUGUGCUCAAGUACACGCCCGACAUGGUGAAGGCCUACCCGCCCUUUGUGAACUUCUUCGAGAACACCAAGGAAAUGUUGCAGCAAUGUGAUCGUGAUAAUCCGAGAUUUCAUGCAUUCCUAAAGAUUUGUCAAACGAAACCAGAGUGCGGGCGACAGAGUUUGCAGGAACUUUUAAUAAGGCCAGUGCAGAGGCUGCCCAGUGUUAGCUUAUUAUUAGACGAUAUACUGAAGCACACGCACAAGAGCAACCCGGACCACGGCGCGCUGGUGUCGGCUCUGGCCGGGUUGCGUGAGGUGAUGUCCCACAUCAACGAGGACAAGCGGAAGACCGAGGGCCAGCUGCAGAUGUUCGACAUAUACAACGACAUCGACCAGUGUCCGGCGCACCUGGUAUCUUCGCAUCGCUCGUUCGUCUCCCGGUGUGAGGUGGUUGAACUAUCCAAAGAACUUUCCGGCAGAGGCGACCACCUGGUGCUAUUUCUUUUCACCGACACCAUGGAGGUGUGCAAGAAAAGAUCUAAGGCGUUCAACAGUAAGAGUCCCACGAACGGCACUGGCACCAUGAGGAUAGGGUCCAGUAAACCAUACCGGCACAUAUCCUUGAUGCCUCUCAGCACCGUCAAGCGGGUGGUGGAUAUUCGGGAGGCGGACGACUGCCACAACGUGUUCGCGCUGAUGUGCCGGAGUAACCAGGAGUUGAAGGAGAAACUGUACUCGUUCAUGAUCACGGACGAGGCGGUGGACAAGGGCCACUUCCUGCGGCAGCUGUGUCGACAGAUGGCCAACACGGUCUGCAAGGCGGACGCGGAUAAGUUCCUUGCCUGUCUCGAGUCACAUCAGCUGGACAUCGACACGAGUGACCUAGCGCUCAGUACUCUGUCUAAAGUAUCCAAAUUCGCUGCGCGUACUAGGAUAAAGCUGGAGGCCCUGGCGGGACUUGGCGGGUGGCUGCGUGGGGCUCCGUCCGCGGCGCUCCUCGACACAUGGGUAUUGCGCGCUCACUUACUACCACAGGUGGAGCGGGCGUUAUCGUUUAACAAAACUCCGUCCAAGUUAAAACGUGCAAUGUCUUCAAUUAUAUCACCCUUCGGUUCCACUUCGAGCUUAACCCCCGCGUCGCAGCAACUUGCACAGAUGAGACUCGCCAGUUGUAACAAUAUAAACGAGGUGGGAGGCGGCGGUAAUGCCGGCGACGUGCGCGUGGCGCCGCUGUCGGUGCAGCCCACGCGCAAGGCCGCGCCGGGCGCCGCCGCCGCACUGCGCCGCUUCUGACGCACGCACAUGCGCACGCGCACGCAACAGACUGUGACUAGUGCCCGGGCUUAAUAAACUACCUAGUACUCAGGUGACAGAGUGCUCGGUGUACGUUAAGGCCUGAUAAUUGUAUUGCCGGCAAACUGUGAACCCGAAAUCUUAUACUAUGACAGCUGUGAAAAAUUAACACAAAGUGACAUACAAAUUGCGAGUGUAAGACGUGGCUUGUCACGCACACUAUAGUAACGGUUGUCUAGCAGCAAGAGACUCUAUCUAGACGUAUAAAUUAUUUAAGCCCGAAAUAAUGAAAGAGAUAAGGCUGCAUGCGAUGAGAGGGAGGGAGACCGCGAAAAAGACGCCUAGAUUUUUUGCCUCAAAGUCUGCGAGUGGGAAAUAUUCAUACAAAUCGUUACAGCCAUAUUUCAAAGUACAAUUUGUAUAUUGGAUGUUUGUAUUCAUAAACAUUUAUUUAUUUAAAUAUUUGCUUGCGUCUUCAGGUCCAUGUUUUCACGGGGUUUAUAAAGUGUUUUAAUUGAACAUGUGAUACUCGCAAAACACACUAAAUGUAAGUGUGUGACUGUAUUGAUCAAUUCUGUCCUGCUAUCGCUCGAUACCCUCACUCUCUCGAUACACAGUGUACUCGCUCGUGUCGACGAGACUAAGGUCCGUAUUUUCGAAGAUGUCCCAAUACGUUAUCUAUAAUUAAAUCGACAGGGAAUAUGCACAUAUUUCUUUCGAUUGUGUACACCGCUUUAAAAUAAUAAACUAUUCUUAUUAAUGGUAAAAAUAAAUAUAUUGCUAACAGCUGCGGACACUAAACGCCUGUCAUUUUGUCGCGCUUGAUACACAUGUACUAUGACGUCAUAGUUCAUAACAGCAAACAGGUUGCAGUUUUCCGAGAAAUUCUCUCCUAUCCAUACGCCACUUUCGCGUCGCUUUUGAAAUAUUUGAAUUUCCCAAAAUGUCUAUGCAUUUUUUUUAAUUAAUUUCCUGCCAACUAAAUUAUAAUAAUUCGAAAGUAAUAUUCUAAAAAUGUUUGACUCGUAUGUAUAUACUCUAUUGUUGUCACUGUUUUUACAACUGUACAUAAAAGAGACAACAAUACGCUUGAUCACGGAUUACGUGAUUCGUGAGACACCUUCUGAAAUCUGGACCUUAAAGAUUGAUAAUAUGAACGGUAUUUACUAUCGCGUUCUUGCUCGAAAUACCCGCAAUUCUCCACAAAGUAAACUGGUACGUUGUGAUGGCCGUUUUGACGAAAUUCAACGGGGGCGUUGACUUAUGUUAGUAUCGAAAAAAUAUUGCCCAUGAAGACUAUUUUGUACUUUAAAAUAUAUAUGUUAAUUUAAAAAAAAAACGAGCUAAUUAAUAAUUUCAAUUUGUCUAAACGGCCGUCAUAGUAUGGUCUACUUUAGUGCACGGAUACCCAAACUAUUGUGGACACCUCAUUUCCCACCUCCAUAGCCAAUUAUUAAAAAGAAUCUAAUUUUUUUCCGAAGAGAAAAAAAUAUUCUUUACUUGCCGAGUUUUUCAUCUUGUGCAAAUUUGUGAACGCUUAUGUACCUGUUGAGUUUUUUAAAAGUACUACAAUGAUACUAUCGAUCUUAAAACAAUUCUACUAAAUAUUUAUCAUUUGGUAACAAGUUAUCUUGAUAGAUUAAAAUAAGAACUUGAGUUAGUUAAAUUAAUAGGGAUUGAUUUUAGACCUCAUAGAUCCCCAAAAUCAGUUUUCGUUUAUGCGCAGCCUUGGGAAACAAAUGUUGACCCUUAAGGCCUAAGGGGAUAUCUGCCACUUUAAGAAUCCCUGCUUUAGUACGUGUACAAACAAAACUUUAACUCUUUGGUAACUUGUGACCAAAUUACGUCAAUUCCGGUUAAACAAAAUCACAUGUAUAUAUAAAUAAAAGCUGUACGUAAAUGCUUACUUUGAGUAAAAACCAUAUUUGAUAUUGUUGAACGUAAAUAAUUAUGAUGGGCCGCUAUGAGUACUUAUGUUAUUUAUUCUUUAAUGUAGCUAAGUCAAAAAUUUUAUUCGAAGCGUUCAAAGUAUGCGAGUAAGUUAAGCUACGUAACUUUGAAAUAUGUAACACUUCGUCCGAGAUCUAUAGCGCGUACUUAGACUUUGCUAAGACUUUACUUACGUAAAACUUAGUUAUGACAAAACGUAAACUUGACUUUUGCAUUGGGCUAUCUUAGCUUAAGGCGACACUAAAUGCCAGCGACCUUGACAGAUAUGGGUUCACGGCUGCCGGCCCACCAUCUAUGUAACAAAGCCAAUAUCUUCAAAAUUCUUAAUACUACUAAUCUGAAUAAAUGAACCUACACAAAAAAGUACAAGCUAUAAGAAUAACUUUUCUGAGAGAAGUACCAAAAAAAUGCGUCACGCCUGCCAAAAAACUUGUUUAACUUCAAAGAAAUGUGGUAAAUCAAAAAGGCUCGGCAUUAUUAACUAUAACCAACAGCAAGCAUUAGCAACCUACAAAUAAGACUUAAGGAUAUGUGUAACAGGAUUAAGUAGUGUUCAUAGCUCGAAAUGCUAUACUUUCACCACAAAACUUGCCUAAAAACACCAUGUUUGCGUGUUUUCUGCUUACUCUUCGCCUUAAGCUCAGUAUAAUUUCAGCUGUCAAAUGACUUUAAAAACAAAUCAAAGAUUAUGCUAAGCUUACACUCAGUUACGUUUUACGUAAAUCUAAGUAUCCCCUAUAGAUCUCAGCCUUAAACUUCAAUGUUAAGCAAAUUGAUCAAUACAAUUCGAUAUACUGUAAAAUAUUAUACAUUAACAAAAAAUCUGACCAUUGCCUCUUAAGAUAUUCUUACUUGAAUUGUGUACUGUUAUAACUGGAAUUGUUAUUUACUGUACAACGCGUUGUUGUGUAGUAACAUAAUGAGCUCAAAAUAUAUCUGUACCCCUUAAAUAGCGUAUUUAAAUAUUUUAUGUUUAUUUAAUGUAUCAAUUUCAUGUAAUAGAAUGUGCCAUGAGUGAUUGUAAUAAAUCGUCAUAAUUUUUUCCAAACAACGAAUAGUUUGUCAAUACUAUACCAUAUUAAUCUAUAUAUAUAUAAAAGAGAAUGUAUGUUUGUAUGUUCCCUAAUAACUACUAAACUAUUCGACCGAUCUCAAUGAGAUCUUUUGUAAAAGAUUCGUUGACGCUCAAGGAAGGUUUACAUAUAUAAUUUAUAUGGCAGCUAGUAAUAGAUAUCACUGAUAAAAUAUUGAUUAUAACUGGCAUAUACAGUUAUAUAGUUGUACAUAUAGAACCAAUUUAUAAAGUGCCAAGUAAUUAUAACUACAACGAUAUUCCAAGUCAAUAGAGUAUAUAAGCUAAAAUUGCGUAUCUUAUAUUUAUUGCUCUCGAAGCCCCAUAUUUGUAUCUAUCUAUAUUACAUAACAUUAUUCGGUCAAUAGGACAGUGGAAUUGUAGUACCUAAUAGUUACUUUAUGCCAACUGUUCUUGUUAGCUGUACUAUUGACUCAGCUUGUACUAUCAAAUGGCUCUAGUCAUAGUUACCUGUAGUAAAGCAGCUGUCAUAUUAUUAUACAUUAGAUUAAGGCGGGAAUACACAUGAAUGAUAGUCAAUGACAUACAUUCAAAAGAGUUUGUAUGAAUGGCGUGGCUUAAUCGCGUGGUAAUUUCAUCCGCCUCCAUACCAACUGAAAGAUAUAGCAAGCACACAAAACCGUUCAAAAGAAUUAGAAGAAAAAAAAAUGCGCACAAUUUGAUUAACCGAGUAAAACGGUAUUCUGAUAAAAUUUUAGUAAAAUACAGAAGUAAUCUAACUUAAAAUUAAAUUGAAAUAUUCUUGUUUAGUUUUAAAACGAUGAAAACGCCGCGCAAAGUUCUGGUUCUAUUUUUAAAAAGAAUAUUUAUUUUAAACUGUGUUUCUGCUGUUGUAAUAUUUUAGAAUAGAUAAUAAUAUAUUUAAAAACAGACCUGUCAUCAACCAUUGUCAGUCACAGACGAGUAAAAAAAGGACUCCGCACCGUGAUAUUAGCAAGUGAAGCACCGUUAUGCUUAGUUAAUGCCGAUUAGCUUAGGGGAUAAUAGUUAUACAAUUUUUUCUCCCUUAAAUAAUCAUAUAUGGCCACAAAUACUUAUAUAGUAUCGUUUCUACACUUUUUCACAACGUACGACGGCAUUUUUAAAAUAUUUUGUUGAGACGCAAACUGAUCUGUCAAAGACAAUGACAAUUCUCAUAAUGGCCGCCUAUUGGCCUGUAGUAGUGUAAUUGUGUGCGUGAGGCUGUAUAUUUACACGUUAAUCGGCUUGUUUUGGUGCUACACUGUUAUGUAAUGUGACACAGAGUCCUUAUUUUUUACUAGUCCGUGUUGUCAGUGAGAAAUGUGAGAAAAUAUUAAGAUUUUUAUUUCAUAUCAUUAAAUUGUCGUUAAAGGACUACAUUUAUAACGACUAACAGCUAAGUUGAUGGUAUUCUCAAGUUAUUACUUAUGUCCUUUAUAUAAUAUUGGCUAUACAAGGCAUUGUCCGUCUAUUUCAGUAUUUUAAGUGAGUAACUUAUUUAUUGCCAAAAAAGCUACAACUAUAAUUAUUUUUAAUCAGAUUUUUUAAACAUCUUAUUUGACACAUUGAUGAAAUGUUAUUGCCAAUUGAAUGAAAAUAAUAUAUGUAAAUACGUGUCUAAAUACUUAUGUCAAUAUUCUAUUAAUCAAAUCAAAUCAGUCUAAUUCAAAUUAUACCAAAAAAUUACACUUAUGAAUGUCAAAUGUUUUACCAUUUACCACAACUUUCGUAUAAGAUUGAGCUGUAAUAAAGUGAUGUGGUAAGAAGCUCAUUGCCGCUCUAAUAAACCAGUAUUAAGGCUUUGACGAUGUUAUGUUUUCCUCUCGCAAAUCCUUAUAUAUUCUUCAUCAAUUCAUAUCAUAUCUCAUCAUCAGAUCUUUAAACGACAAUGGCAUAUCUAGGCAUCGAAUAGAUAUAGUUCUGAUAGUUGUAGAGCUGAAUCACUGCAAACUACAAAACUAGCACCAAUCCUAAAAAGUUUAGUAGCGCUCGGGUUCAACUUAUAGCGUGUUACAAUUGAACAAAUAAUAAAAAACAGAAAAUAGUAGUGAUGGGCCGAAUGUGGUUUGAACCGAAUACGAACUUCGGCCGAACAUUCGGUAAAAAUCAAAAAUUCAGUCGCUCUCCGCGCACCCCCGCGUGAGACUUCGCUAACAUCUUCAUGAUGCGUGCUUUUUGUUUACAUAUUACGUAUUUUUAGGUGUUUUAACGAGGAUUAAUAUGAGAAAUAUUAAUAUUUUCUUGUUGCAAGUGUUUUAAGCCCUUUAGGGCUAUUAUUUAACAGAUACGACAGAGUUUUGGUUCUAUUAUUUAUGUUUAGUUUUCUCUUGAAUUUCGGCCGAAUGGCGAAGUUCGGCCCAUCCCUACACAAUAACUAUUUGUCGUUAAAUGGGCUUUUUUAGCGUGUACUCUGAUUUUAAUGUUCGGCUAUUCAUUAUGCUAUCUUAAGAUUGUUUAAUGUAUAUGAAUCAAGGCUCGAUGUUGAAGCAAGGGGGGGGGUAUUGGCAAUUAUAUCAUUAAUAUUUAUUACUAAUAUUUAUUUAAUUAUACGCUGUGAACGUUUCGGCGAGGCCGGAACUUCGUGGAAAGGUGUGCCUUUUGUAAAUGCAGGUUUUGAUCGAUCGAAUUGUUAUUUGAUAGUAUUACGUUGCAUAGAUUUAUAUUUCCAGUGAUUAUGAAUCGAAUAAUUUAAAUGAACUCAAAUGAUAUUGUACUGGUGCGAAACCAAAAACUUGGUGGUAAACUUAUUUAUGUUGCAUUCAUUUUGAAUUGUAAUUAUUUCAAGAAUAAUUUUUUUGCAACGAUUAUUUCAUAGUAUCCUAGUGAAGCGGCAGUUGAAACUGCGUAAAUUAUAGUGUAUAAAUUGAAUUUACGUAGUUUCCAACGGUUCUGUCUAAUUAAGUUUUAUUAUAACGUGUUGAAUAAUUUGUAAAUAUUGUGAUAUUUUAAUUGUUAAUAAGCAUUGUAGGUUAUAGUGUAGUGGUUGUACUUGCUCGCCAUCGUUGUGUCUGUUGCACAUUCAUUGUAAAGCGUUCCUAGAAAUUGCCUUGUUGCUUAUUUAACGCGAGUCGUCAUGUGCUAGAAUCAGUGCCGGAUUAAGCAAUAAGCAAGGCUCCUUUGCACAGGAUGCCUGUGCCAGGAUUUCUGUCGUGAUGCAGUAAUGUGUAAGCAUUAUUGUGUUUCGGUCUGAAAGCUAGUGAAAUUACUGUGCAAAUGAGACUAACAUCUUAUGUCUCACGACCCCGAGAGUAGUGCCGCUCAGAAUGUUUGGGUUUUUCAAGAAUCAGGAACGUGAACGUCCUGCUCGUCUUGUCUCUUAUUGUCAUAAAAAAAAGCAGCGCGGGGCCCUUUGCAUCUUCUUUCGAAGAGCCCUCUAUCUAUAUUGGAAAUAGUCUGUUACCGAGUGUCUGACGUGUAUAGUUUUAUGAAAAUUUGUAAACGUGUCACGUGUUUGUGACAUCAAGUAAAUUCAAUAUACCACAUAUUAGUAAUAAGUUUCAUUCAAUAAGUUACGCUCAGGCAGAGAAGAUCGCGUGGGGCCCGUAGCAUUUGCUACUCUUCCUACGUGGUUAGUCCGGCACUGACUAGCGUCCGUGGUCUGUGACCGAUACAGUUUGUAAAUAGCGCGGCAAGUCGACAGUGUAUAAAUCAAAUGCCCUCGAAUCCUCCGCCAGCUCAAAAGCGACAAGUGCGUCGUUAUUGAUCCGCAUUACUUCAUUGUACAAAGAUCUUAUAUUUAUGUUUAAUGAUUGAAAAAUAAAGGUUUAUUUUGA